AAACAAACAGCCUUUAUUUGUGUGUGCAGUUUACUUUGUGCAAUUGCCUCAAAUAGAAGUGACCUAGCUUAUAGGUACAGUAUUGAUUUUUGCAGUUGUACGUGGGUGAGAACCUCACACGUUUAAUAUGUUUAUUCCUGAAAGGGUACUACACAUGUGUGGAAGUCAUCUUCACCCUAAGGAGACAGGUCGGGUUUUAUAUGAUGGGCGUCUAUGCCCCGACCCUGCUGAUCGUGGUUCUCUCCUGGCUGUCCUUCUGGAUCAACCCGGAUGCCAGUGCUGCCCGAGUGCCCCUAGGUAUCUUUUCGGUACUCAGCUUGGCCUCUGAGUGCACAACCCUUGCUGCCGAGCUGCCCAAAGUAUCCUAUGUGAAGGCACUCGAUGUUUGGCUCAUUGCUUGUCUGCUCUUUGGGUUUGCUUCCCUGGUGGAGUACGCUGUGGUCCAGGUGAUGCUGAAUAACCCGAAGCGAGUUGAAGCAGAAAAAGCCAGAAUGGCCAAGGCUGAGCAAGCGGAGGGGAAAGGUGGCAAUGCGGCUAAAAAGAAUACCGUCAAUGGGACAGGGACGCCGGUUCACAUUAGCACUUUGCAGGUUGGUGAGACCCGAUGCAAGAAAGUUUGUACUUCUAAGUCUGAUCUGAGAUCGAAUGACUUCAGCAUCGUUGGGAGCUUGCCAAGAGAUUUUGAAUUAUCCAAUUAUGACUGCUAUGGCAAACCCAUCGAAGUCAACAAUGGACUUGGGAAGUCUCAGGCAAAGAACAACAAGAAGCCGCCCCCUGCCAAACCUGUUAUCCCCACAGCAGCAAAGAGAAUUGAUCUUUAUGCAAGAGCAUUGUUUCCUUUCUGCUUCUUGUUCUUCAAUGUUAUAUAUUGGUCUGUAUAUUUAUGAUAAAUCAUUUUCCACUUGUAUAAAAUAACAUCUCACUUCAUUGUGAUGAACUUCAUUCAUAAAUGCCAAUCUGUGAAAAACUUUGCAUUUUCCUAGCAAUAUAUUGCAUUUUGGAUGCCAUUGGAUUGUAAGAAAAACGUGGCACUUUAAUUUUGAAUGGCAGCAUGGUCUUGUUAUAUCUGUGCUCUAACAAUGAUGUAUAUAUGUAUAGCAAACAUUGCUUUAGGAAUAAAUGAAGGAUAAGCAUACUACAGAAAAUAAAAUCCAAAAAUUCUCUUCAGUUAAUGUAAAUACCAAAUACUUCAGAUAAUUCUGGUAAUAAAACGACACGCACGCUGAAUCCUGUUAUGGUCACCAUUCUAAUGUGUGUAGUAUUGCAAUUUUCCUUCCUUGUAACUUUCAGAGAAAAGCCAUCUUAUUCUUGUAUAAUUUUAGAUGGCAUUAUCUCAGAUUAAGCAAAAUUAUAUUACAUAUUGUUUAAACUUUGUAAGUAGAAAUAUAUCAGCUAUAAUUAUGUGGGCUCUGUGGAGAAAUAAAGUUCACAAAUUACUAAUUUGUCACAUUAGCUCAUUUUAAAGUGUGCCUGUGUUGUCAAAAUGCCAGAUAAUAAAACACAGUAAGCAUUUUUGAAAAAAAAUAAAUAAAUCUGGAUUUAUGUAAAUUCAUACUCAAUUCUGGCUUCUGAUAAAAUAAAAAUAAAGGAUAGAUACAUUGAUCAACUAUUUCUGAUAAAAGAAAUUCUAUUUAAUCCACCUUAAAUCCUAAAUAUAUUUUCAUGGAUUUCAUUUUCUUAAUACAGAGUAUACAAAAUCAUUGUGCCUUAAUAAGAGUAAUAUAUAUUUUAAAUUGGAAUAUAGUAAUGGAUAUGUGAUUUCACAUCAUUUUUAAUAAACCCAGAGGACAAUACCCUAUUACUAGAAGUAACUUGAGUUGGGGAAAAAAAAACCCCACAAUCAUUUAAGUAUUUUAACUUCUUUAGUUUAUUAAAAUGCUUACACAUCUUUAAGUAAAAUUAUUUUUUUUCUGAAUUCAUUUGUUUUCUGUAUUUUUUUACUAUUUUUGGAUUUGUUACAAAACAUGUAAAGAUUAAGUAAAUAAUAUCUUUAUGUUGAGGCCUCACUUAUACUUGUAUUUUCUUUCUUGCUAAAAGUCUAGACUAGAUUUACUAACUUUGAUCUUGUUCCAACAUAAAAGUAGGCACUUUCUGGUCUAUAAAACUCUUAUUCCUAGUAAUAUCACAGUCAAUAUAACUUUUUUAUUUCUCCAUAGCUGAAAUUAGAACUAUCAAUAAUUCGCAUAACAUAAACAUAAGACCAAAUACAUAUAUUUAUAUCAUUUGGAGAGUUUUGUUGUAGCUGAGCAUUUGUAUGAUCAAUUCAGUAAUAAAAUUUGUUUAAAUAUUGUUUAUGCAAAUUGCUUACUGUAAUCCAAGGCUAUUUUAUUGAAGACUUUUCUUUAAUUUUUAAAAGAUUCUCACUGAUUACUAAUUUUUUUUAAUGAAAUGUAAUCUAAUCCUCUGUAAUCCUUCAUCACCCCAUAGUUACAAAAGCUUCGCCAUCUGAAUAGUUUUAAAAUGCAACAAGUAACCCUACUGAUGGACUUCAAUAUCCUACUAGGACCUGGGCUAAUAUUUUAAUGGAAUUGUGGUAGGAAAACAAAGUCUUGAAUAAAACUUAAACCAUUUAAAAAUAUAUUUAUAAUAAUUACAUUUGCUUAUAAUCUUAAUACCUGAAAAUUUAUUCAUAUUAGGGAGUUUGAUUUAGAUGGUUUUAAGUGGGAAGUAUACCAAAUGGAAGACAGGUGUCAUUAUAUAAGAAUUUGUUGAAAAUAAUGUGAAUGAAUUCCUUUCUGUAAUAUAAUAGUGUAGCAUCUUAAGAUCAAUUUUAAUACCGAAAUAUAUAUAUAUAUAUAUAUAUAUAUAUAUAUAUAUAUAUAGCUACCCCAUGAUUAACUGUGUAUAUAUAACUACAAAUGGAACGUUAGACAAUGAUCAUAACAAAGAA